AUGAACCUGGAGGAGAUCGGCAAGUACCGCGCGGAGGCGCAGCAGCGGUCGGCGGACGCCAUCCGCGCCGCCGAGGAGCGGUUCAACAAGGCCAACAAACAGCAGGCGCGCGGCGCCGGGGCGCACGGGACCGUCACCGUGGCCCAGGGGACCGCGAAGCAGGGCGAGAGCCAUGGCCGCGGUAGCCACGGCUCUGAGUCUGAGGCGCAGCAGUGGCUGGCGGACGCCGCGGCCGAUGCCAGGGAGAGGUGCAACAAGGCCCUGGGGACGAGCCCGGCAGCCGCGCACGGAGGCAAGGCGUCGGCCGGCGGCGCGGCUCAACACCAGCAAACCAAGAACGAGCAGGAGGGUGGCCAAGCCCGCGGCCAUCUGACAAGGCAGGACGAGAUGGGGAAGUACGGCAGCGAGGCGCAGAAGAACUCGACCGCGGAGGCUGCACGUGCCGCGGUGGAGAAGCACGACGAUAAGGGCAGGGAGACCGGCGCGACAGCGGGACAGGGCGUGAAGGACACGGCGGCGAAGCACGACAAGGGCAGGGAGACCGGCGCGACAGCGGGACAGGGCGUGAAGGACACGGCGGACUAUGCCUCGGCCAAGAGCGCCGAGGCCAAGGACACCGGCGCGCGCGGCGCGCAGGCCGCGGCGGAGAAGACCCAGGAGGCCACGGGGACAGCGGCCGACUACACCAAGCAGGCGGCCGCGAAGGUGAAGGAUGUCACUGCCGGUGCGGCCGGGACGACCAUGGAGUACGCGAAGCAGGCGGCGGUGAAGGCCAAGGACGUGACGCUGGGCACCGGGGAGACGGCCGCGGAGUACGCGAAGCAGGCGGCGGUGAAAGGCAAGGACGUGACGCUGAGCACCGGCGAGACGGCCGCGGAUUUCGCCAAGGCCGCGGCCGAGAAGGCGAAGGAGGCGGCGGUGGCGACGGCGAAGAUGACGGCCGGGUACACGCAGCAGGCGGCGGUGAAGGCCAAGGACGUGACGGUCUCGACGGGCGCGCAGGUGGCGCAGAAGGCGACAGAGGUGACGGCCGACACCGCGCGCAAGGUUGCGGAGUACGCCAAGGAGAAGGCGGAGCAAGGCAAGGAGCGCGCGGCCCGCGCCGUCGACCAGGCGGAGGAGCCUGGCCGUGGCGCAGCCGCGCAGGCCAAGGACUCGGCGUCCCAGACGGCGAGCAAGGCCAAGGACACGGCGUCCCAGGCGGCGGACAAGGCUCGCGACAUGACCGGACAGCACAAGGACAGGGCCACGGACACCGCCGGCGACAUGGCGCGUAAGGCCGCGGACACGGCCGUACAGGCCAAGGACAAGGUGAAGGACACAGCCGUAUCCAUGUUUCAGAAGGCGGGUGACACCGCCGGACAUGCCAAGGACACGGUGAAGGACACCGCUGCCCAGGCCGGGGACAAGGCGAAGGACACCACUUGGCGCGCGGAGCAGAAGGCAGGGGAAGUGAAAGAAAGAGCGUCAGGGACCGGCAACGGCAAGACUGGCGGUGGCGGUGCGACGACGACGAAGGCGAAGGGUGGCCACGACGAAGACACCACGGUAGUGGGCGACGUCCUGGAGGCGGUGGGCGCGACGGUGGUUGGGCUCGCGCAGCACGCCAAGGGGAUCGUGGCCGGCGAGGAGGAGCUCGUCCCGGUAGAAGGCGAGAAAGGGAAGGCCACCGGAGGAGCCAAGGAGGAGAAGCGCAAGCUCGCUUGA